AUGAAGAAAGUAGUAUUGAAAGACUUGGCGCCUAUAGCCAUCCCUCACGGCCCGCCGGUGGAAUCAACAGCUGAGUACUUUAAAUCCCUCGUGGAGAGUGCCAAUAUGGUGAAAAAGUAUCCAGUAUGGGACAUAGCUCGGCCGACUCCUCAAGUGCUGAUGGAGCAGGCGCGGCGCGACCUGAUGGCGGCUGAUGAGAAGCUGGCCCUCAAGCGAGAGGAGGAGCGGAAGAACCGAGCCAUCAUGGACGAGAAGUGGAAGGACUUGCGCUCCAAGGAACUACUCCUCAAAGACUCCUUUAUCAGCUUCAACAAGUUCAUAAGAGAGAAUCAGGAGAAGCGUGACCGGGCGGAGAGGAAGAUGGAGGAAGACCUGAUUGUUCUCGACAGGAAGACCAAGGAGACGGAGGCCAUGAGGCAGCGGGUCGAGGAGAUGCAGGAGGUCAAGGAACUCAUGGAGAAACAAGUCCGGGAUUACACCAUCUAUGAGGACUACCUUCUGUCCGUGGUACAUAACUACCCAGAGUUUAAACAGCCUCUGGAUGUGUUGAAUCGCUAUGAAGCUUUGGCGGCCGCUAAGAACACGCUGGCGGAGCGCCAAGAGAGAGACCUGGAGAUGUUAGAGAACGCACGCCAGGAGAUCGCCGCCCUCACCGAGGAGAAGAAGUUGUUUAUCAUGGGCCUCAACAACACCCUCGCCAGUCUCAGGUGGCGCUACGAUAAGGUGAGGAACCGAGUGAUAAAGUGGGAGUUGGCCCUCAAUCGGUUGAAGGAGACGGCCGCCAAACGUCACGUGGAGCUCUGCCAUGUCCGCUCGGCUAUAUGGAGCCUGUACGUGAAGAUUUGCAAGCAUAAGGGGCUGACUGUGGACAUAAAGCCGGCUGACUUUGAGCAGCAGCUCGUGGUCAUCAUGCGAGCACUCCUCGAGUUGAGGAGGAUCUACAGGAUCGCCAGCAAACGGUCCAAGGAGAAGGAAUUUGAGGGACAGAACUGAAGAGAGGUUGUGUGUCAUGCCAAAAAGUUGCCAACUUUUUUUUGGGAAAUAUUUAACUGAGCAGCAAAAAAAUCUUUGGCUGUUGAAUAAUAACCCUGACCAGAAAAUAAAGGAAGAA